CGCGUGUCCUCUUGGUAAUUGCCAUUUUCCGGUCUAGUCAAAUAUUAUAAUGAUAUAAGCCAAUGAAGAUAAAGGAACUGGAACGCUUUGCUCACUGCGCUUGGUCUCCCGCAUCUUGCGACUCCACGAUUUUGGCCACUAUCACAGCUGAGGAUGAUGGCAAUGGUACACUCGGCACUUGUACUAGUUCACCUCCCGUUCUGGAGCUGUUCCGUAUCCAGUGGGAUUCACAACUUGAUAUGCCACUCACUGCGAGCAUUAACGUGGAGUCCAGGAGCACUCGCCUCUGCUGGAGCCAGCCCAGCUCAGGGGCCGAGUUCGGCCUUUUAAUUUCCGGAGGUAUAUCCGGUGAUUUGGUCUUAUACAACCCAUAUGCCCUGCUCACCACAUCCUAUGAUUCAGAGUUUGAUUCACUUUCCCACGUGAUCUACGCUUCUAAGACCCGGGCUCAUACGGGAGUGGUACGCGGACUGGAUGCAAAUCGCUUCCAGACCAAUCUGUUCGCUUCUGUCUCGGAUGAGUCGGAAAUCUACAUUUGGGACGUGGAAAAGUUCGAUCAACCCAUGUCACCUGGGAAUAAAUUACAACCACCCGAAUUAAUUAGCACCGUCGCAUGGAAUCCGCAUGUCCAGCAUAUUUUGGCCACCACAUGUGCCGGUCAUUGUACCAUUUGGGAUUUGCGUCGCAGUGAUCCGGUGAUCCAUUUGACCAAAACAAUGUGUCAGUUUGAGCCACAUCUCAUGGCUUGGAGUCCGGAUGUGGCCACGCGACUAUGUUUGGCUGAUCCGUCUCACCCCACUGCUGAUGUGUUGCUGUGGGAUCUACGUUAUCCGAAACAUAUGCUUGCGUUGAUCGCUCGAUGGCCGCCCUCGACUUGCGGUCCACUGGACCAAGCUGCUCUAGGCAACGCCGGCACCGUAAACGCUCUGGUCUGGUCUCCUAUACUACCAUCUGGGAAUUAUCACAAACCCGGACUGUCGUUGCAUGACCCCGAUUUAGUGGCUGUGUCUAUCACCGCAUCCGGUGCGCUACCCACUCCAGAGGGUGGAUUGGGCACCGGUUUGGAACCAACCAGCGGCGAAUUUCUUGUCGUGUGGAGCGUAUCAGAUGCACUGAAGGCGGUUCAAUCCGAGUCCGUUGGCAUCACAGCCCCACGACAGCCACUCUUCGUGGCUCGGCUGGAAGACUCUGGUUUGGAUGGCUCACCCUCGUCUGCUGUCCCCGGUGCUCUGCCAACGAACGCAGCUGUGCACUGGUUACCAAAACUACCUGGCCUGGUGGGAGUCACCCAGUCGGACGGUUGGAUCAGCGUAAUCAAUCUGCUGUCGGGCAUCGAUAAACCCUCUGCGGUUACUUCUGUGCGUUUAGCUCAAAGGUCGCGCGCUGCACAUUCCUCCAGAUCGCGACACGCAUCACAUAAAGUCGCCGAAGCGUUCGGGGAAGAGGUGGAUCUCUCAGACAUCUCUGCGAAAGAGAAUACUGAUAGUCUGACACAAUUAACUGAAGAGAAUGUGAUCUCUGACCCUACACUUAUCAGUUGGGAGAAAUCUGCCGUGCAACAAAAUAACGUCGAGAAAUUGCGGUCUUUUCUUCAAAUUCCUCAGCCGUUGCCUUGUUUGCGUGUUGCUCCAUGCUGGACGAAACGGCCGACUGGCGCCAACUUCUCCUUCGGCGGUCGUCUCGUCUGGUUCACCACCAGCUCUCACGACUCUUCACUGCGCACUCGAUCUUCCUUCAGUCAAUCUACGGCAUCGACCGGCCUUGUUUCUGCUCCCUCAUCUCCGGCCAUUGUAGGCUCCGUUGGUAAAAUCGUGCACUUGAGCUGGAUCGAUACGGCGUACGACUCUUGUGUCCCUGGCCUGAAAGCAUCCGCAGGGAAUAUGGUUGACACUCGUCAGGCCUUGGUAACUUGGCUUAAGGAAGCCAUCAGUCAGCCAGUCUCUGAGUUGGACGGUUUAUGCACAUAUCUCGAGGACUUUUUCGAACCAUCAAGCUUCGAAUGCAGUUCAUUCCGAAUUUUUCCUUGGAAACUUUUCCGGGUGCGUUUGCGGUCUGCUGACCAACUGGUCUCCGCUGUCUCCGAUCAACUGGGAUUCAACCGUCAAAGCGUCCAGUCUCACAUUGAGAAGACUCUGAUGGAAUCAUCUGACUCGUUGCAAGGGCAGGAAAACCCACAUUCAAAGGCCAUAGCAAAUUUGAACAUCCUGAAGAUGGCUCUCGUCACCAGUGACCUCGCUUCCAGCAUCCGGCUUUGUUUACACAGUACGUUCACCGCCCUUAACUGUGACCUGAUAUCUCCACUGAGUGCGAUUUCUGUUCUAUUGGCGAAGCUCACUGGGGAUCACGAGCUGUGUGCUGAAAUCCAGCAAUCCGUUUUAACCGCACUUAAUCAAGGUUCAUCCAAGGAGCCUGCGCUGCACACGCUGACGCUUCUACUAACUGGCCUCAUUCUUGGUGACUGGGCUAGUGUGCUCACUGAUUGGCCUCUAACCGAUUGGUCCACGGCGCUCGCCGCAAUUGUCAAUCAUACCAUGUCUCAAAAUGCAUCGUUGUUUCGUACUCUUUGCGGUAUUCUAAUUUCCCGAUGCCUCAAUUUAUCCGAACACUGCGAGCUGUCGUCCAUCGAUCGGUAUAAGGCUGCUUGGACUUGUGCCAUACUGUGUUGUGACUUGGACGCCAUCAUUCAGUCAUGGUACGGCAUGCAUUCUCUAGUGAAUGCGGAACUGCAGGGUGACCAACUCUUACCGCUUGCACUCCAACUGAUCGUGGUCAGCAAAUGUCUUGAUGAGUCCACUGGACUCAUUCCGAGUGUGUCCAAACUUUUCACCACAGUUGCCAUGUGGCUUGGACAAAUUCGAUCGGGCCAUGAUGAAGAGGACAUAACGCUCGCUCUGCAACUUUUACACCGGUUCACUUUGAAUCCCGAAUCAUCCUUUCACUCGGUAGAAUCUGACGAGCUUGCGCACCGCUUGUGGUGUAGCCUAUCCGACACGGAGCGCCGAAGAGCGGUGGGGCAAUUUAAACCGAUGUUCUCGUGUCCUUUUGAAAAAUCGUUGGCAUUUUGUGGUCGCCAGUGUCCUUGUGCUUUACGGCCGACAGCUGUGGCGGACUUUGCCUACUCUCCGUACGCCACCGCUCAAACUCCGUCUUCAUUCAUUCCUCAGUCACCUGCGCCUAAUCUCCCUUCGCUUUCGAAAGUCACACCACCUACAGUUCCUGGUUACCCAACAAGUCCUGUGCACUCAGCCACUAUGGGAUCUGUGCUGAAUCCUUCGCAACGCGCGCCAUCCUUUCCAGUGUACACCUCCGCACUUUCACACAAUGCUCCUGUUCUUCCACCAACACCUGCAGGAAACUUUGAUCCCGCUCCCGUGGUGACUACGCCUUGGUGUCCUCCAUCUUUGCCUUCAUAUCCGUCACCGGUGCUCACCGGGACCCAUCAGACUACUAGCAUUCCGCCAUAUUCUACUACUGCUCAUGCGUUUGCACCACCUGCUGUAGAUCCCCAAGUCCAAAGGUCAAACAGUUUCCUCUCAGAUGGUUACUUGGCUAGCGCUACGGGUGCACCCAAAACUGACACACCCGUUCCGCCCCAUCUGGCUCACGUGUUACCUCAUGGACCUGCCGCGAUACCAACGUUACUGCGUCCACAGUCUGCUGCGUAUACUAGCAAGGCGUGGAAUGAUCCACCGAUGCUUGCACCCACAUAUCAUCAUCCCGUUCGACCCGUAGUGUCUCAAAACAACUUCUACGAUCCGACUCAGUUUUCAGGAGCGCCAACACAACCACGAGCCCCGUCAGCUUUGCCCUCCGUGGAAUCCUACUCUCGACCCGCUCUUAUCCGUCCCUACAUUCCACCUAAUGACAUGGGGAGUCCUCAGAUGAAUGGGAUCCACCCUCCCCUGCCUGAAGCACGAAAUGCGUUUAACGCAACGCCAUUACCUCCACCUCAACUACCACCGUCUACGAACCUACCGCAGCAAGCGACGCUACCUCCCCAUAGUUCCACUGUCUACCCCAGCACCUGUGUUUCCACUUCCAAUAUUCAUCAUCAGGCUAGUCUCGCUGAAGAGCGUUUUGGUUUUGGGGUUAAUUGGUUGCCUCCCACAUCGCGUUCUUUGUACCAGUCUGGCAACCAGACUCUGAACCCUAGCUUGGAACAGUGGCCAGCAGCUCAGCCACUGGGCACUGCUUCUCCUAUGCUCCCUACUACACCUGAUUCGAUGCACAGGUUUCACGAAGAACCUGUGCACCAUCUACCGGCUCAUGCUCCAUCAAGUGAAUCGACUUUAAACCAGGUGCCUUCUGAGUUCGCCGCUAUUGAAAACGAGUUGACCAGACUGGUCCAGCUUUGUCGCACCGUCGGAGGUAAAUCGUUUGCUGCCAAAAUGGACAUCGUCGAACGGCGACUUUCCACUCUCUCCACUAUCUUUCGUCGUUGGUCUUCCGAGGGCCCCGUUCUGUCCGACUUGGUUCUCGGCCACUUGAAAGAUUGCGUGUCCGCUGCCUCACAGUCCAACUUUGCUCAGGCGGUUGAGCAUGCCAAUCUGCUUAUCCAGUCGGCAUCGGGAUUCGAGUCCAUCCACGGCUUCGCUCCCGGUCUGAAAAUACUCAUGCAAUCGGCACGUCAGCUUUUCCCCUCGCCUCAUGAAGCUGAUCCACCGCACUCCACAGACGCAAGAUACGCCGUACAUUCGGCUACCUAGCAGGGAUCGGGUCGAAUUGCACCGCUUUGUGGCCUCAAAUCAUCCGUGCCAUUUUUGUCUUUCCCUUUGUGUACUGACUUGAGUAGGAAAUCAACUCACUUUUAAUCACUCGUACUCUCGAUUGCGUACGUACUACACUUCCGUCUCCUGGUAGUGAUGACACUUUUUCUUGCUCUUAAGCAGACCGGUGAUACGGUUCGUGCUUUUGUGUGGAACACUGCUUUUUCAUGUUUUUCCUUGUGUUUCUUCAUGAUCUCUUGGUUGUAUUGAAUGCGAUGCCGAUAACAUUUUCGCGUUGCACUGAGAUUUUUACCCCAUCAAAUUAUUUCACAAUGGAUAUGCUCGUUGUGUUGCCCACCCCAGUGGAAAAUUCUCGUCCGUUGUACCCAUGGGACGUUUGUAACCGGAUUACACUAUGGUAGCUGAGAUGCGAUCGGUGGUCUCAGGCCCUACCUCAAUUCAUUGGGUUGCCACUUUGCUCCGUCGACCACUUUCCGCCAUUCAUUACUCUGACCACAACUCUCGGACUGACAGUUACCGAUGAUAUCCUUCUCAAAUGAAGGAUUUAUCGCGCAACUGCAAUCAGCAAGUAGAUUGCGCCUUUUUGAGGCUUUGUUUUAUUAGGACACCUUAUCCGCA